UUUCCGUCUCCUAAGCACUCCUGUCAUUCGUGUUCAGCUAGCUGUCAAAAUCAUUUUGUUGAUUAAACUUCCAAAUUUCCGUGCAAUGUAUUUCCUAGUAAAAAAUAUCCACCCAUAUUCAAGACAAGUCCAAUUAAAAAAGCUCUACAAGAAUGGUCACCUGAAUGCUAAUUAUUUGAACAAGUACAUGUCUCAUUUUAUCGUACAUCCAGAGAAAUUAAAGCAAGUGAUCAAAGAAAAAGACGCUCACAUGCUUUGUCAGUUCUUUGAUUCGGAAGAGUAUAAGAGACGGGUUACUGAGUUCUUGGAGAUGCAAAGUAGAAUUCUGUCAACAAACACAUUUGUCGGUGUAAAACCAUCAAAUAUAAAAUACCAACACGUAUUAAGUUGUGCACAACCUUCAUACCAAGCUACCAAAACACUCAUUGACGGUAACAUGAAAGAAGAAUCCACACCCAAAGAACAGAACACUAGGAAGAAAAAGUUUAGAAAAGGGACAAUAUUUGAUCAAAUGUUGAUGAGCAAAGCCAACAAAGAAGAAUUUAGGACUCAAAUUACCAAAUCAUCCUCGAAAAGACUUCCUCCGAAAAAAGUGACACACCGGACAACGAUAAUGCCGAUAUUUUUGAAAAAAAUUAAAAAUAAACCCCAACACAGUAUUAAUGUCCAAGAGUAUCUCGAUGAGGAUACUAUAUUAAGUGAAAAUGUCAAAGAAACUCUGCCAGAGUCAGCUAAAAAACACAAUUUCGGCUUGGAAGUGAAUAGGGAGCCUAUGUACGCUCAGAUUUUGCACAGGAGCAGCAUGUACAAGAAGAAAAAUAAGAAGAAAUAUACAGACGGUCAAGAAAAGACGGUGGAAGUGCAGAAAAAACUUCCUAAAACACAAUCCGUUGCUCGGAAUGACAAAAAGACGCUUUCUAGAUAUUCCCCGUUAAAAUCUGAGCCCGUAGAAGUUGAAGAGAGGAAUGUAAACCAAACUUUUGAGAGAAAUCCUCCAAGACUAAGCAACAGUAAUAAUCCUAGCACGAAAAUAUCUGGAGCUACCUCCAAAUUUCAAUCGCCCACUUUAAAACUAUACCCCAAGAAAAAUAUGAACUUGAAAAGCUACUCCCAGCUACUUUUGACAGAACCUGUCAAAUGUAAAACGUCAAAACGGGAACGAUACAGACCCUUCGACCUCGAAGGGAACCAAACCAAGAUUAAGAUUUUGAAAAAGAAAGAACCGCCUCCCAAAAAAGUGAUAACUUUGAUGGAAUUGGUGCACGAUACUCAAAAAAAUAAGCGACUAGAGUGGGAACAGGGUAUGGAGCAAAAAAAUGCCGUGAAGUUGGCUAAGAGAAACGCUAUGAAGAAAAGUCGGUACAAUGAUUUGGAGUUGUUAUCUUUGUUUCGACAAAUGAAAACCAUCGGUGAACCAAAAGAACAAACCGAAGGAAAACCAAACACGAAAGAAGAUAUAGUCUCGAGAGAUAUAGAUUUGACAGAUUCGAAAGUGCCCAAAUCUAGUACAGACAAGCAAAGUUUCACCUACAAAAUGGUCACAAAAUGUCGAAACAAUAUCAAUUCAAAUUUAAAACAGAAAUUUAAUAUCAACACUCCCUUUUGGAAGAAAUCUUUGAGUGAAACUCCUUUCGGUCAGGAUGCUUUAGAUUUGAAAAUGGCCAUUGAAACGUCUAACAUGGUGUCAAAGAAUAUUACAGAGUGUUUACAUAAACCUAUCCCCCAUUUCGUACAGUUCGCCAAGAGACCGUCUAGUAAAAGAAUGCAACAAUGUUUUGGAUUUCAUAAGUCAGCCAAGCUACCUUCUCAAAAACAUUAACCAGUAGUUCCUAUGUCCC